AUGCAGCAAGACAGUUCGAACAGAGGGCGCUACUCUGACCCUUCAGCAUCUGUAUUGAAGCCUUUGAGAGGAGACUUCCUGGAUAUCUCACCAGGAUUUGAGUCGCGAGCGCGUUCGCUAUCUCCGCGCAAGCGUCUUGUCAAACAACCUCUUCAUAUUCGCAUGAACUUGACUGAGAGCCAAGUUGACAAGAUUACGGACGCCUUCAGCCAUCAAGUCGAUAAGAGCCCAAAGAAGACUGCUAAGUUCAAGAAAAAGUCUACAAUGACUACUCCAAGAACGACUCCAAGGUCAACACCACGAAAGAAUAAACCAAGACUUCUACAACAUGAGGACUCAUACGAUUGGACUGCUAGAGAAGAUGGUCCCUCUGAUGUGAAUUCUCCAACCUUUUCGGAGCUUAUGCCGGGUCGCCAUUCGGGCUCUUCCAAAGACUUGUUCUCUGCCAGUUUAGCAGCACGUCGACAUAUCAACCCGCCUUCUCCGUUGCAGCUUGGGAAUAUACGUCGUAGUGGGGCAGUUCCUCGGCCAGCCGAGAUGGAAGAUAUUUCCGAUGCAGUCUCUCCUUUGGGGCAGGGCAGCUUUGAGCGUGGGCCGAUCUUCCACGAUGAUGCCUCUUCAGUCUACUCCCCUCAACAAACUGCACGCCCAUCACCUCUUCGCCUCAGCCACGCCAGGUCACAAUCCAAAUUCAAUGAUGCUGGCGAGGGUUCAUUCCAAGAGUGGAAAAGGAGCCAAGAUUCCUCCAUGAUCAGGGAGUCGGCAAGCCAUCCAGAGGAUCUGAUCAAUAGGCCUCGACGCUCGAAGAGCUCUGCCGAUGGAUUGAGACAGGCCCGAGCUGUCGCAAUGCACUCUCCACCGAUCCCACAAGUCGUAACAGUGGGCUCUAAUAACAGCAACUAUCGUCGGACUGUUCAGGACACUCCCGUAUUCUCACCACUGCAGUUCUAUUUCAGAGGAACAGACUACCCAAGCUCCAAGAAGGGCGAAAAAAUAAUGAUUGGGGACAACGGGUGGCUCGAACGUCCUGACGGCGGCCCUGAUCGAAGCUCAAAGACGCCCCAGAAGAAGACCAGAAUUUUGGACAACAUCAAGAAACUCGCGAAAGACAUGACGGAGCUUCAUUAUACCUCUCGUCGGGUGCAAUCCGCAAUCCGGCCUCGCCCGACAUCACAGGUCGCCAUUUCACUGAAUGCCAGAGAGCAAAGCCUUCUCUACUGCGAACUGGAGUUCAACCUUAGCACUGCAUUGAAUGACUAUAUUACGGUGCAACUGGACAAGGGUCGGCUUGUGCCUGACAAGCUCAAGAAAGUAGCAGAUGCGUGGCAUAACAAGGGCCGACCCAAAGUUGUUGGUUUCCGCUACGACCUGGAGACACAGCUUGAGCUUAUCAACCUCCACGUCGACGAUUUUCGCUUCUAUGGCCGCCGACAAGCCGACCCUGUUGAGAUUGGCGGGCUCCUGCACGCCAUGAAGGUCAAUGCCAGAGCAAUGUGCGUCCGGACACUUUGCCAGCCAGAUUCUGUGAUUGCGAAGCAGUUGGUCGACACCCAAUCAACCUUUAAAAUGCUUGAUGUCCCAGACUAUCAGCAGCGCGCGCUUGCUGACAUAGCUCAGUUCUUCAAGGCGAUCGUGGAGCGAGAGCAGGAUGCUCGAGAACACACUGGAGGCACUGGCAGGAACUCCAGCAACCGGGGCGAGCGACGGUGGACAGCGGUUCAGGAGGGGACAUGA